AUGGGUGAUCAUCGACUAGCAGAAGUGUUAAGGGCUAUAAUGGACGAGGGCGGUUCUAAACUGUCUGAUACUUCUCUUCGUCACAUAUAUAAAUACACGGAGGCGAGAGAAUUGGAGGCAUUUCUUGAAAGCCUAAACAACAUGGAUGACGAAGAACGUGAAGCAGCGGCAGCAAGAGAACCAGUUCAUCAGUUUUUCUCGGAUUUAGAGGAAAUAACUCGUAGAAUUGGAGCUCACGGUAUGGAGGACUUCAUUCGCCGCAUGGAAGGUGUCAUUCUCCGUAAUCAAGACGCUGACGAGAAUCAGGUGGAAGAGAUAAUCCGCGUUUUUCUCGAAGGUGGAUUGAGAGCGAUUCAAAAUGAACAAAGUGACAGUGACGAAGAGGCUGAAGAUGAAAAUCAAGACAACGUGGAUCCAGGUGCAGAGGAGCUUCGAAAUGAACAAGCGAACUCGCAACCGAGACAACGUGUUGAGUUUUUCUCGGAUUUAGUGGAAAUAACUCGUAGAAUUGGAGCUCACGGUAUGGAGGACUUCAUUCGCCGCAUGGAAGGUGUCAUUCUCCGUAAUCAAGACGCUGACGAGAAUCAGGUGGAGGAGAGAAUCCGCGUUUUUCUCGAAGCUGGAUUGAGAGCGAUCGGGCACUGA